GGCCGAAGAUGCAAAGGUGGCUAGCAUUAGGGACUGGCCAUGACCCCAGUCUGUGACUGAGGUCAAAUCAUUCUUGGGAAUGUGUGGUUAUUACCGCAACUUCGUGAAGAACUAUAGCACGAUCACAUCUCCCUUGACUGAUCUAACUCGACUUGACACACCAUGGGACUGGGCCGACGAGUGUGAGGCAGCGUUCAAAUGUUUGAAGCAUGCUCUCACGCACCGUGAGGUUCUCAUGGUACCCGACCCGCAAAGCCCAUUUGUUGUAACCACUGAUGCAAGCCAAUACGGCAUUGGCGCAGUGCUGGCUCAGCAGGACAGGAAAAAGUUGAGAUCGGUCGAGUACAUGAGCAAAAAGAUGCCAUCAAAGAAGUUGGCAAAGUCCACCUACGAAAGGGAACUCUACGCUCUCUACAAGGCAGUUGUCCACUGGAGGCGCAAUCUGUUAGGAAGGUUUUUCUAUUUGAGAACUGACCAUCAGACCCUCAAGUGGAUCAAGACACAACCGGUUCUCUCCGAUGCACUCAAACGCUGGAUUGAAGUCAUAGAUCAGUAUGACUUCAAACUAGACUAUGUGAAGGGAGAGUACAACAAGGUUGCAAAUGCGUUGUCUAGAAGGGCAGAUUACCUGGGUGCGCUGAUUUAUGAGUUUGGCCUAUCCGAGGACAUGACUCGAUCUAUGGAGGAAGCCUACAAGGAAGAUCCCAUCACGAUGGACAUCAUCAACAAACUUCAGGCUAAAAACAAGGCCACCACUGAUGAGUUUGUGAUGGUGGAUGGGUUGCUCUUUCUUGAGAAGGCAGGGUUUAAGAGAUUAGUUGUUCCAUCUAGGGAAGAUUUGCGUCGUUUAUUUUUAGGGCAGAGUAUCUCCAUGGACUUCAUGGAUACUCUCGUGACCAACAAGAAUGGCAAGAGGCACAUCUUCGUCAUAGUGGAUAGGUUCACUAAGUACGCUAGACUAAUCGCCACACCAGAGACUGGCAGGACUGAGCACGUCAUCAAGUUGUUCAUGGACAACUGGCAGACUGUCGAACACAUCAAGAAAUCUCAAGAAGUCAUGAUUGCUUAUGAGAACAAGCAUCGCCGACAGUCCACAUUUCAGGUAGGGGAACGUGUCUGGGUCAAGGCUAGUGAGUUGGGACAGGAGUUUGGCAUCUCUAGGAAACUAAUGCCUCAGUAUUUCGGUCCCUGGGAAGUCCUGGACAUUGUGGGGAAUGAUUUGGAUGGUCCCUCGUACGUCAUUCGUAUCCCUGGUCACUUACGCACUUACCCUGUUUUUCACGCCUCCAAGCUUGCACCUUUCGCUGAGACAGCACAAUUCCCAUCACGGAGAUCUAUGGUGCCCCCAACCAUGGAUGGUCACGUGGACGUUGACGAUAUCCUGGAUCACAGAGACACGCCUGUUUUUUCCAAGCCACCUGGCAGGGGAAGACCUCCCAAACCUGUGAGGGAAUACAGAGUACAUUUCAGGCAUCAUACAGAUCCUAAGGAAGAUCGAUGGAUUUCAAGGGAGGAACUUGUCAAGACAGCUCCUCAGAUCAUGGCAGAUUAUGAGAAGAAACUGAAGGGGAAGGCACCAGCAUGAAGCAUCUCAGCGGACUUUCGAAGCU